AUGGCUCACGCCCUUUCCGCGGCUCAGAUCUACUCCUCCGCGGCCUCAAUCCUCCCUCCUGUGGCCUCAAUCCUCCCUCCCACGGCCUCAAUCCUCCCUCCCGCGGCCUCAAUCCUCCCUCCCACGGCCUCAAUCCUCCCUCCCGCGGCCUCAAUCCUCCCUCCCGCGGCCUCAAUCCUCCCUCCCGCGGCCUCAAUCCUUCCUCCCGCGACCCUAAUCCUCCUCCCCGUGGCUCUGCCCGCCGUCGCGGACGACCGACGCGCCGUCGCGGACGACCUGCGCGCCGACGCGGAUGGUCAGCGCGCGGCCACCAGCGACCUGCGCGCCGACGCGGACGGUCAGCGCGCUGUCGCCAGCGACCUGCGCGCCGACGCAGCCGGCCAGCGCGCAACCGCUAACGACCCGCGCGCUGACGCGGACGGCCAGCGCGUGACCGCCGACGACCCGCGCGCUGACGCGGACGGCCAGCGCGCAACCGCCCGAGCCGCGCGCUGA